AUGAAGACCCACCGUCGCCAUGCAACCGUCGAGGAGGUGGUCGACCCCUCUCCGUUUGACUACACCCUCCUGAGCCACCUCUACGUGCAUUCCGAUGGAACGGAUGUGAUCGACUUCAGCGGCCUCGCUCCAGGAAGAGAGAGUCGAUGUCGUGUGAACUCCUUCUUCAAGAACCGCAGCUUCGUUCCAGGGGUGACGGAGGUGGAGCCUGAGACUGUUGGGUCGUACUUGCACUUGCGCAUCGAUGAGAACGAUGGGAAUACAGUGGACGCCUCGGAGUGCAGCAAGAUCCCUGGUGCACACACCACAGCGCCCCCGAGAGGCGGGUCAGCCCCUGCUUCGAACCUGGUUCGCAUCGAGGACAGUGCGGAGCACUGGUGGCUCAUGUGCCAGGCCACAGAGGACACUGCACCGUACGCGCGGCUCUUCAACGGGGCAGGGGAUCUUCUCAGCUACCUAGAGCACCACAACCUUCAGCUGCCUACAGGCACGAGCUGGGUGAGCGACCCGUCAACUGACGCAGGGUUGCCGCACGGAGGACAGCCUCAGCCGUACCACGACAGCAGCAACAGUGUUACCGGCAGCACCACACCCGUGCUGCCGCUGACGAAGUGGCUGGACAUCCAGAUUGACCGCUCGAACUCGCGCAGUGCGGAGCGAGUCACCCAACUCCUGAAUCGCUUGCCGAUUUCGCAAGAAACCAAGGACAGCUGUUUGUACCUGUCCACGGUCGAUUCAAUCGACAUUAGCGUGCUGACCACUGGUGAAGUCUCCAGCACCAUGUCCGACUAUGUUUUCCUCAACGUGAUGUGCACGCCUGUGGUGGAAAAUGAUGCGAACGGCGCCGGCGCCGCGCCUGCCACCACCGCGUCGGACGAAAAGAGGUCCCUGCAUAAACCGGACGGUGGAAAAUUUGGCGUCUCUAGCACGGACAAGAAAAAAGGACCGGCAAAGUCGGGAAAGACACGAAAGCGUGGUGGCGCCCACAUUCCGUCACAGGGGACCCUCUCCACCACGCGAAGUGUGAUGGAGAUGCGCUUCGAGGCGGUGCGCACUGGCGCGCCGCGCUCCUCCGUGCCCGAGCCUGUUGCUGUGGCGGUCAUCGUCUUCGCGGACUGGAUGUUCACUAUACAUGAGAAGCCGUUUGCGGAGAUGGACGACAUGUUGCGCAUGGUGCAGCUACACUGUGCGCCAUCAGAGGUGACUACCUCACAUCUGCGCUAUGCCCCUGCCCUGUCACCAACAAUGCAGCGCCGCUUCACUGCGCCGUUCGCGAUGAGUGUUCUCCUGCAAAUUGUGGUGGGACAUCACCUCGACAGCAUCACCCUCGCCAAGGCGGUCGACGCGCUUGGUGAGUGUGUCUUCGACGUCAGGGAACGGAAGAAGGACCAGGAUGCCGUCUUGAAGCACAUCACUGCCGUUCGGCGCUGUUUUGGGGAGUGCGGCACCGAAACAGCCCGGCGUGAGGUGCUCUUCGCGUCUCUGCUGCAGCCCAUGUUUGCAGACCGGUUCUUUGUGGCUGAUCCUACCAUUCGCCGCGAACUGGAAAAUGCCCAGGCGCAUUUGCGGCACUUCCAGCGAGACAUUGCGGAUUGCCGCGACACGGUCGCCCUCUCGAACUGGCAUAACAAUGUCGCCAUUCAGUGGGUGCUGCUGCGCCGCGGUAAUCGAGCUCUUCGCAUGAUUCUUCUCCUCGCGCAAAUGACAAACAUCAUGCAGCCAAUCGUGAUUGUGCAGACGCUCUACGCUAUGAACGUCCCGUUGCCAUUUGAGGCGGAAGGUGACCCACCACACACGACGCUGGCGCCCUUUUUUGUCUUGGCCGCCAUCUUCUUCAUCUACUGCUGUCUCACUGUUGGGUCCAUUCGACGGACGGUUGUUCGAAAGUCCUUCGAGACACGUCUACUGGCCUAA